UACACGGGAAUAAAAAAGUAAUUUGCAGAUACAUUCCCCAUUCCAUUUCGAUUGGCAAACAGUUAUAAGUGCAGUGCAGAGAGCAGAGAGAUUUUAAUUUUGCUUCAUUAUCGGCUUGCAGAAGGGACGAUUAAAUUCGGGAGAGGAAAUUGAACGGGACAUUUUUAUCAUUGGCAUAAAUUAAAUGUAAUAAGGUAUUUAGAGCCUUUCCCCGUAUACUGGUUUGGGGACCGUUGCCUGACCUCAGCACCCACCAUUGAUCUCAUUGUUUGAUACAUUGCAGUUUUGGGGAGCUUGUCGUUUGCACCAUCAUUGAUCAACUUGUAUACAGGCUGUUUCUGAAAAGAAAUUAUUGUAUUACAAGCGCGAUAGCAAAAACUAAAGAUAUAAUGAAAGAUUCGAUAUUUGAAUAGUCAAAAGUAGAUUUAUCAAUAAACUUGCUACUUUAAACCACGACUGUACUACUUUUGACAAUCGCCAAUAUGUAGGUUAUAUUCAGGUAAAAAUAGCCAAUUUACGUCGCUGCAAAAUAAGUUCCAUUCUCAAUAAUUUUAUUCGCAAUAUUUUAUUUUGACCUGGUUGCGGUUUUUCAUUCACUGCGACGUGCUAUAACUACAUAAAUAAUGUGAACAGCUGGGAAGCUCUUUGUACUUAGUUUUCGUUUCGGAUAUUCCUUUUAAAGUUUUAUUUAUGUGUCGCAAAAUGAAAAUAAGGAAAAAAAUUAGCAUGAGUGCUCACCCUGUAGAGCGGGCGUCCGCGCUGCGCCUGCGCAUAUAACGCCGGUGCAGCGCCGACCGAAGCACAAUCACACGCCGGCCGCCUGCCGUCACACCGCAACUGUUCAAAAUGAGAGUGUUACUAGCGACGUUGGCCGUCCUGGCGGUCGCAACGACUGCAAUUGAAGCGGACAGCAAAGCGCGCAUAGUAUGCUACUUCAGCAACUGGGCGGUGUACCGGCCGGGCGUGGGCCGCUACGGCAUCGAGGACAUCCCUGUAGACAUGUGCACUCACAUCAUCUACUCCUUCAUCGGGGUCACUGAGAAGAGCAACGAAGUCCUCAUCAUUGAUCCUGAGCUGGAUGUCGAAAAGAGUGGCUUCAGAAACUUCACGGCUCUUCGCAAGUCACACCCUGAUGUCAAGUUCAUGGUGGCAGUCGGUGGAUGGGCCGAAGGUGGCUCCAAGUACUCGCACAUGGUGGCCCAAAAACAGACCAGGAUGAGCUUCAUCAGGAGUGUUGUUGACUUCUUGAAGAAAUACGACUUCGAUGGUUUGGACCUCGACUGGGAGUACCCCGGCGCUGCUGACCGUGGAGGCUCCUUCUCCGACAAGGACCGCUUCCUCUACUUGGUUCAGGAACUGAAGCGCGCCUUCUUCAGAGCCGGCAGGGGUUGGGAGCUCACCGCUGCUGUACCUCUCGCUAACUUCAGGCUCAUGGAAGGAUACCACGUACCUGAUCUUUGCCAGGAAUUGGAUGCUAUCCACGUGAUGUCGUACGAUCUGCGCGGUAACUGGGCAGGCUUCGCUGAUGUGCACUCGCCUUUAUAUAAGCGGCCCCAUGACCAAUGGGCUUAUGAAAAACUGAACGUUAACGACGGUCUCGCUCUGUGGGAAGAGAAGGGCUGCCCAAGCAACAAGCUGGUUGUUGGAAUUCCAUUCUACGGUCGUUCGUUCACCCUAUCUGCUGGCAACAACAACUAUGGACUCGGCACAUACAUCAACAAGGAGGCUGGCGGCGGUGACCCAGCUCCGUACACCAACGCUACCGGAUUCUGGGCUUAUUAUGAGAUCUGUACCGAAGUCGACAAGGACGGUUCAGGCUGGACCAAGAAAUGGGACGAACAAGGCAAGUGCCCCUACGCCUACAAGGGAACACAGUGGGUCGGUUACGAAGACCCCCGCAGUGUGGAGAUCAAGAUGAACUGGAUCAAACAGAAGGGAUACCUUGGUGCUAUGACCUGGGCGAUUGACAUGGAUGACUUUAAAGGCCUCUGUGGUGAUGAGAACCCUCUGAUGAAGCUCCUGCAUAAGCACAUGAGUUCCUACACUGUCCCACCUCCACGCACUGGAAACACAACACCUACUCCGGAAUGGGCGCGUCCCCCAUCAACGCCUUCCGACUCGUCUGAAGGAGCGCCGAUCCCUACCACCACAGCCAAGCCAACCACCACAGCCAGGCCGACUACAGCCAAGCCCUCGACCACGAAAGCACCUCAAGUGUCUAUCGAUGAGGAUGACAACGAUAUCGCUGUGAGGCCUGAGCCACCCAAGGCUCCGGAAGCACCUGAGGAAACUGCCGAAGUAGAGGUCCCAGAAGCGCCUGAACAUCCUACUGAGAAUGAAGUCGACAACCCCGACAUUUGCAACUCUGAAGAAGACUACGUUGCCGAUAAGAAGAAGUGUGAUAAGUACUGGCGAUGCGUUAACGGUGAAGGAGUGCAGUUCACCUGUCAACCAGGCACAGUCUUCAAUAUCAAACUAAACGUGUGUGACUGGCCAGACAAUGCCAACCGCGACGACUGCCAGCCUUAGACUAGUUGAGCGUGAACACAACGCCUUAGUGGCCAUUCUAGAGAUACCGUUUGAUCAAAAUCGCAUCGGCGACUUGAUAAAUUAUGCCGCGCUGCGGCUUGCAACUGACUUCAAUCGAAGCGGACUGAGAUCCAAUUGGCUGCAACUAGACUUAAAACGUUCAUCAAUAUAGAAGCAAUUAGUAAAUUAGAUUUAGUAUACGGAUACAAAUUGUAGUAUUUCAUCUUCGUCCUGCAAAAGAAUUAUCAAUUUUGAUUACUGGGGCGUGAAGUCGCUUUUCCUUUGGCUCUUGAUUAUGAUAAAAUGGUAUUAAUGUCUCUCUGAAUAUUUUUACUCGUCGAAUUUAUACAAUUUAAGUUAUUGAAUAAUAUUGUCGUAUUUUGUUGAUAACAACGUAAUGCGCCAAUGUUUUCUUGAGUAUUUUAUAAGUGGGUAGGUUUAUGUGAUUUUUCCAUGAGUUAUUUACUUAUGUAAAUAGUUUUCAUACAAAUAUGCUUUAAUUAUCAAAAAACAUGCAACAAAAAUAAAGUGUAUUUGUAUGACAUAAAAUAUUUGAAAUUGAGAUUGUUAGAUUAUCACUGCCUUUUGAAACAUAAAAUCGUGUACAAGACUGCAUCGUAAGAUUAUUUAAACUUAAGGAACUUUAUUUUGCAUAUACUCAGUUAUUAUAAUCAUGUUUGUGCUUCUAUUUACAAAACAAAGCAGGUUAGAUUUGAUCGCGAAUAAGUGGCAACAAUAACACUUUUAUUUUACUCGUUUUGUUUACAAACCGUUGAAGUUUUCUCCAAUGACUCGAUUCAGUAACUUUUGUGAAGUUUUGGCGGCAGAAUUGUGUUUAUUUUAUAAAUUUGUUUCAACUCCGAAGCCAAUUAGCCCGCCUCAGCCGUUUGGCUAUUUAAAUGAACUCUCAGCAAUUGUCGCGAGUGGUCUCUUGCUUAACCACUCAUAGCUUAAUUUAUUUAUUUUAUUAAUUUUAAGACAAUAAAUUUUGGAAAAGUU